CUUUAUCGCGACCCUUGCCCCUUGCGAAGUUGAAGAAAGAAGCAUCUCUCCAUCUCGACAAACAACCGUCAACUUCACCGUCGACAAACAACACCAUCAAUGCGACUCAUCUAAUCAAGCGCUCUCUAGAAAGAGGCACAAGGAGGACCCCCGACAACGAUAACUGCGCACCUGCACUGCGACUGCACCGCAGAAACAAGAAAGAUGUCGAGCGUUGACAGAUACCGUCCCGUGAGGGAAGGUUACCAGCCGCCGUCGCUCCCACCGAAACCGAUGCCUGCCGCAAUUGAUCGUUUAUCGAAGUCGCCCUCGAGGAGACGCGACGUUCCCCCCGCCGUUCCCUCACCACCGACCCAUUCAUCGAGAACAUCCCCACCCCGGCCACACUCUCGCAGGAGCGCACCCUCGCCUGCGCAGUCGAGUCCACCCAGAGCUCCGCAGCCGAGGCCGAAUCAAUGGUUCUUCACCGCGGAUGAAGUGGCCAGCACCCCUAGCGUCGCUGAGGGCCUGCCGCUGGCGGAGGACAGACUCCGGAGGGCGAAGGGCGUCAACUUCAUCUACCAGGCCGGGAUUCUCCUCGAGCUGCCGCAAAUCACAUUAUGGGUUGCCGGCGUGUUUUUUCACCGGUUUUACAUGCGUUACAGCAUGAUGGAGGAGAGAGGAGGCAUCCACCACUAUAACAUCGCGGCCACUUCGCUCUUCCUCGCCAACAAGACAGAAGAGAACUGCCGUAAAACCAAAGAUCUCAUCAUUGCCGUCGCCAAGGUCGCACAAAAAAACACCAAGCUGAUCAUCGACGAGCAGAGCAAAGAGUACUGGAAGUGGCGUGACAGCAUCUUGGCUUACGAGGAACUGAUGCUCGAAACGCUAACCUUCGACCUCAUGGUGGACAACCCGUACCUGCGGCUUCACGACUACAUGAGCCAGUUGGAGUUGCUUCACAACAAACCAAUGCGCGACUCGGCCUGGGCCUUCUGCAACGACUCGUGCCUGACGGUGCUGCCACUGCUGCUCAGCGCGCGCGACGUGGCGAUUGCCGCCAUCUUUUUCGCCUCGGCAGUGACGCGCGAAAAGAUCGACGACGUGAACGGCGAGCCGUGGUGGCGGUGCUUAAAGGGUAGCGAAACGCACACUGUGAAGGCCGUUGAGCUCAUGACGGAGUUUUAUAAGGAGAACCCGCUGCGCAAACAGGACUCUAAGGUACCCGGUUCGCCCGAGUUCAACCUCGAGAGCACCCGUCGCCGCGGCGAGCUCAGCCUCAGCCAGAUGGACCUCGACUCGAGCCAGUACGGCACCCCGACGCCCUUGGGUACCGAUCGCGGCGGCACGCAGAGUCCCCGCCCCCCAAUCGCGCGCCUAAAUGGCAAGCCGGAGCGGGAGAGUAACGACAGCAAGGAGGUCGCGAUCAAGAAGGAGUACCCGUCGGACUCGUCGGCUACUAAGAUGGGAGACGAGCUGCGGGCCCCGGCAGUUGUGGAGCCCGCGUCCCAAGCGAGCAAUAGGGGCGAUUCGGAUGCCGCACUUAAGGCGGCGGCGAACGACCUGGAUACUCACGAGAGCUCCAGCGCCACGCUGAACGGAAGUACCCUCGGCGGCGGGGGGUUGAUCUCGCCCCGAAUCAAGAGACGGAGUGAAGACCCGGAGGGGUGGGAGGAGCGGGAGUCUAAGAGACGCAAACUGGAUGACGAGGAUGAGGGUGAGAUCAAGGGGUCAUGAUCUUUCCGGCUUUUGGCGGCGACCAUUUUGAGUCGAUUUGCUGCUGUCGUGUUUUGCUUCUUCAUUCUUGUUUCGGGAAUGGGUUUAGGGAAGGCGUCACGGCUAAGGGGACAUAGCUGGGCGGUUGGACUGACUUAUGACUCCCUUUCGCGGAUCCCCCCCCUUUUUUUGCCUUUCCUCAGGGCUACCUUCACGGGGAGGGCUUCGUUUAGCGAAUACCUCGUUUUGUACAUUUACAUGAUUUCUCUUCACUUACGUCGUUUAGAUGAGCCGGCCCGCUGCCGCGUGCGGUGUUGUGUUUGGUAUAGCAGGAGUGGCCGCGGGGGCAUUAGCUUUAGUAGUAGCUAGAGGAACAAAGAACAAACAAAUUCCACGCA